UUUGGUUUAGAUGCUUCUUUCCAAGAGUUGUUUACAAACAUUGCGAGACGUGCAGCCAUGAUGGCUAGACUUGUGGUCCUUGCCCGGCCCCGUGACCUCCUGUCUCGCCUCAGGUAUCCUCGAAGACUAACUUCAGUGAAUUGCCGAUUUAAGACAACGUUACCACCUGAAGAAGAAAUUGAUUUAGAUAAACCAAUUAAAUUUUCAACAAGUCGUGCUGCUACCUGGAGAGCACAAGAAACAUUCAGUGGUUAUCCGUCAGACAAGAACCGACCUCCUUGGAUGCAGCCUUAUGUCGUGUCAUUGAGUUUAACAGUCUUCCUCCUGUAUUUUUGUUACUUUCGUGAAGAAAAUGAUAUUGAUAACAAAUUUUCAAGAACUUUGUAUGACCACAUAGAUGGUUUGGAGGAGAAGCAGCUAGAAAUAUGUUUAAAGCAUUAUCAGGAAACUGGACAAGACACCAAAGCUAUAUUGGAAAGACUAGCAGAAAUCAGAGAUAUCAAGGACAAGACGGUAGAUAAAUCUUAAUACUUCACUAUAUUGUGAGCAAAUCUAAUUCUUGCCAAAACAAUGAAUGACAAAUUCUGUUUUCCUUUCAAUUCUGAUGUGAGCUUUUGAGUUGACAUAAAAAUGUAGGUACCUUACUUGCAUAGGAAAUAACUGUAGACAGUGUAUCGGUUAAGAGUUGCAAAGUAAUGACAUGUUUUGGUGCCAGAGUUGACACCCAAUAUGAAAGUAUCCAACAAAGUGCUUAGUAACCUGUGUAAAUAAAUGUAUUAAAUAUACAGUUAUUACUGUA